AUGCAUUCUACUUCAAACUGUUUGAAAGAUACAAAAAGUAGCGAUUUAUGUUCGCUUGUUAUAAGCAUUCCCAGUCGGACAAAGUGGAAUCAAUUCGGAUGUAUACUACUUGGAUUGCCCAAUUAUUUGUUGUGGAACGUACUGAUUUUGGUGACGGCUGUUCUAAACUAUAUUUUCGUGACAACAGACUUAUCAUUCUCUCAAGAAAAUUACGAAAAUUUCCUACAUUUCUACAUAUUCUUCGACAUCCUCUACCUCCUCAACUUGCUCAUACUAGUUCUUCACAAAACGUUCGCUUGGACCACGCCAACUUUACUUCCGAAAAUAGACAAUUCUCUAAUAACGAUUGUUAUCGAUUUUUUGUCUUUAGUGCCUCAAAUUCUUCUGCUCGUACCUCUCGCUGAUCGUUCUUUCAGUUUUUUCAUACCUUUGCUGAGAGUGUCGAGUAUGUUAAGGCUGCGUCACUUGAAUUUCUUUUGGAAAAUUCUCAGAAGAUUACCGGACAACAGGUGGAAAUGGUUUGCUGCUCAGUAUGCGACUAUGUUUUGUCUUUGUGUGCAUACAAUUAAUUGUAUAUGGCGUUUAAUAGAAAACGACGAAGACUGUAAGCUCUAUGAAUCGACCCCAAUACCAAUAAAUAAUUCCACAGAUUGGUACCUCUACCAUGUUUACUAUACUAUCCAAAUAUUUCUGAAUAUUGGUUUCGGAGACAGUUUUCCAAAAAAUUUUAAUGAGUUAUAUUUAAUCUCAGCUAUGUUAUUGAUGGGGCAAGCUAUGACAGUAUGGUUGGUUUGUCACAUAACAUGCUUUUUGAUUCAUCGAGAUUAUCACAAACUUUAUAUAUCAAAUAAGAUCAAAGAUGCAAUAAAAUAUAUCGAAGAUAUGAACGAAUCAUCCGAAAAAUUAAAAAUUUCCCAAUACUACUCUAUAAAAGAACAUAACAAUUUCAAAUACAUCGAUUCACUCAUCGAUAUCUUACCAUUUUCCCUCAAACAAGACAUUUUCUACGACCUAAACUGUGGUCUCUUACGUAGAUCUUUGAUUCUCAAAGAGUUACCCGUCUCCAUUUUAAAAAGGUUAUCUUUGGCUAUGAAAACCGUAAUAUUAGCAUCUGGAGAAAGUAUAUACUUCCAAUAUGCCGUUAAAACUUGUAUGGUUUGCGUUGAGGAUGGAAUUUUGGAAGUACUUAAUGACGAAGAUCAAGAAAGUCCGCUUAUUUUUUUUAGAAAUGGUACUGUUUUAGGAGAAAUUGCUCUAUUUUUCAAUAUUCCCUCAAAAGCCACAGUCAGAGCAGGCAAAAACACUGAACUCCGAAUUCUUGAAAAGCGCGAUUUUUUGGAUAUCAUGCAUCGUUUUCCAGAGCAUCUCAAAAAUCUACAAACAAUUUUAAACAAACGCUUGUCGUCUGCGAACAAGCCUAGGAAAACGAUUCAAAAAUUUUGCCUGCCUAGCCUGAGAAGGUUAAAAGUAAAACUGAGCAAUAUUUUCGUUACUGGCGAAACCGAAUUUGAUUUGGACGAAGAGCAUUAUGAACUGUAUAAGUUAUAUGGAGAAAGAGAUAAACUAGCUUAUGUAGUUGAUAACGGAAAUGGAUUGUUUAACUAUUGGAAGGUAAUGAGCGAUGUUGGGCAAAUUUUGUUUUGCAUCUUGUACCCGUACUACGCAGUUUUUGAAAAGAAUAUUCCUGAAUAUUUAAAUUGUUUUGGAAUAUGUACUGACAUUUCGUGUUUUUUCGAUGUGGUUUUCCAGACGACAACGUCUAUUAAAGUUGAGGGAAAAGUGGUUAGAACUGUAACAAAAAUCGUGGAUCAAAAACUGAACGAUUGGAAAUUCAAUAUGGACGUAUUUUCACUGUUUCCUAUAGAAGUAUGGUCGUUUCUUUUUGAAAAUACAACACUGGAAAAAAGAUUUUUUGAUUUGUUUAAACUAAAUCGACUAUUGAGAUUGCAUAGAAUGCCGAAUCUCCUAAACAUGUUAACUGAUGAAAUCAAUUUGUCAAUGUCUUGGAAUAUUUUAAAUAUCUUUGUAUACUGUACUUUAUGUACUUAUUAUUCAGCUUGCUUUCUGUAUUUGAAUGCUUGUUUUGGUGUUAUUUGUAAUGAUUUUAGCUGGUUUUAUUUAAUCCCAAGAGAAAUAUACGCUAUUGAAGAUGCCAAAUCAGCUUUAAUAGACUCUAUCUAUUUUACAAUAACGUCAACAUUUUAUACAGGAGUUGGUGAUAUUCUGCCAAAAUCACCAAGUGAUUAUUGGAUUCUUACCAUUCUCAUACUGUUAUUUUUGAUAUUCAAAAGUUAUUGGAUUGGACAAAUUACUUCAUUCGCGUUUCUGAAAGCUAUGUGCAGCGGUUUCCUGGAAACGACGUACUAUAUGAAUUAUUUAACAGAAGUUUACAGAAUUCCUAACCAUUUCAAAAACAAUAUUUAUAGAUUUUUCCAAAUAGAUCAGUAUUUCUACAGAGAAAAGAGCAAACUCUUUAUACAGGAAACUGUGCCUAAUUCGAUGGAAUCUCUUGUUCAAAUAUCAAGAAGCAAAGAUGUAUGGAGAAAAAUUCCGUUUUUCAAAAAAGCUGAUUCUUAUUUUUUGGCGUUGAUUGAAAACAGUGUAAGAUUUUGGACUUUACCAAGGAACGAAAUUGUUUAUUCCCAUGGAGACCCUACUCGUCGAAUGUUCGUCAUAAAAAAGGGCUACUGCGAUAUCUACGACGUAGAAAAUGCUUUCGAAAAAACUCUUGGUCCAGGUUCUGAGCUAGGUAUACUCGAAAUGAUUUAUUGUCUUUCGAAAAAGCACACGGUCGUAACUAAAACCGAUUGCGUUUUGUUCUAUUUGGAUUAUUUCGUGUUGGAUAACAUUCUAAAAUUAUUUCCAAAAGAAUUUAGUACUCUAGAAAGCGUUAUGUUUCAAAAAGAACUUCUGGAAUACGUUGCAGGGUUAGAACUGACCGAAGAUACGUAUGAAAAUAUCGAUACUAAGGAUCCAACUGAUAAAGAAGAAAAAGAUUUCAUUAACAUAUCAAAGAAUUGGCCACAUUAUUGUGAUAUCUAUAGACAAAGACUUAGUGUGUUUUGGAUUUUUGGUCUCUUUUUGCUACCAGUAGCGGUGUACCCAGAAAGUUUCGCACUCAAAACGUGGUGCAUCAUUAGAGCCUGCUUUAUAUUUCUACAAACGGUUAUUCAUGUCAUAUUAACUCUAACACCGCCUUUUGCUGAAGAUUUAAGCUGGAUCGCUUGGGUUUGUCAAGGUACUUUGUACCUUGAUAUGUAUGUAAGUCUUCAUAUUGGAUAUUACGAACAAGGUGGGACAUUGAAGGUUCAUCCAUUUUACACAGCUCGGAAUUAUCUUACUCAUGGAUUUCUUCUGGAUCUGAUAGCAGCUGUACCCUGGCAAUACUUCGUGGUCGAACCCGACAAUUUAGCCUUCCAUUUCAACUACUGUUUUUGGGAUUUAGUCAAAUUGGUACAAUUCUACAAAGUUAUCAAAUGCAUUAACUAUUUCGAAGAAACCUACUUUGAGCUAACGAACAUUUUAAACGUUUUGAAAUGUUUGUCUUUCACAGUUUUGUCUGCUAAUAUUUUAACUAGUGUUUGUUUAGUCUAUAUUUAUCAAGAGUUAAAUGUUACGAGUAACGGAUUAGAAAGUAAAAAAGAUUUUAGUCGAGCAGAUUGGAUGCUUAAGAAAACAGAUUUAAUAGAAAUGUACAUAACUAGUCUAUUUACCAUAAUUGAUUGGUUCACGAGUACAGGUAUUGUAAGCUUUAGACCAAUGCAAAUAGCUACAAAAAUGGCAGCUAUUUUCACAACUCUAUUUGGAUUUUUUGUAUUUACUUUGCUGACAAGUAUAAUUUCUAAAUUAAUGUUGGCAGACGCUGAAGAGACUAUUAAUUUUAGAGACAAUAUUUCCCAACUGUUUAAAUUUUUGGAUAGAAACAAUAUUAAUAGCAAUUUAAAACAAAAGAUUUUAGGACAUUUCACACUAAUUUGGGACAGAACCAAAGGUUUCGAUAUAGAUUCCAAGGCAUAUACAGAUAAUUAUUUUCGAGACAAGCUCUUAAUCAAUUAUCAUGAAGAACUUUUUUACGGUGUACCUUUGUUGUAUCAUUUUGAUACCAGCUAUAUGAAACUCGUUCUUAGUCAGAUACAAAUUCGACACUAUCAAAAAGGUGAAGUAAUAGUGAACUACAAAGAUGUACUUUCCGAUAUAUACAUAGUCAGUUCUGGACAAGUAGAAAUAUUCAAUAAAACAAAUGAGCCGUUGUGUCUGCUUGGUCCAGCUGCCGUUUUUGGCAACCUCCGCAAAAACGUUCAUGGUCUCAGCAAAGUUUACGUAACGGCUAGAAGAAAUGUAGAAAUAUGGCUACUGAAUACCCAGUCGUUCUUUAAUACCGUCAAAUAUUACCCACUUAUCGUUCAAGAAUUGGAAAAUUUGCUGAAAGGAAAACCAGCUUAUUUAGCGCCCGUGGUUACUAGUAAUUUUUUUAUUUUUAGUAGGACGAAAGGUAUACUGGAUGACUUAGAAUCAGACGAAGAGGAAAUUGACAAAAAAGCAUCUAGUACGACUUGUAAUGAUAACAAAUCACCUAAUAAAUGGACAAAAUUUACUUUAAAACCAGACCAUACUAUUUUCAUAGUUUUGGAUUUUUUAACAUUCACAUCAAGUUUAAUCAAUAUUUUCCUAAUACCAUUCGUCUUCGUUACUCAAGAAGAUCAUUAUUUAUGUUAUCUAUAUUUAUGUUUGGAGCCAGUUUACUACAUACGAAUUUUUUUCAAGUUACACCAGUCCUAUACCAAUCUAUAUGGAAAUGUCAUAAAAUCUCAUCGCAAACUUUGCAAAAAAUAUUUGAACACUCCAGGACAGUGCGUUUGGGAUAUUGUACCGAAUUUACCCGUGACUUUAAUAUGUUUUUGUUUUGGACACGAAGAACAGUUCUUUUCUUAUACGUGCUUGAGGAUGUUUCAUCUUUUACGGUUUUACUAUGUUGUAGAGUAUUUUCAGAAGAAUAUUAAUAGACUUUGGAGAAAAAAUUGGUGGUAUUUCGUGAAAAUUGUAAUUUAUUAUAUGAUUUUGAUUCAUAUUUUGGCUUGCAUAUGGUUUAUGAUAGCCUGUCCAUUUAACAAAUGUAUUACCGGAACUUGGAUAUCACAAUUUAGUAAAGAAAUAUCUAAAGAACAGGCAACACAUAAGAUGAUUUUAUCAUAUUACUAUGUUUUAACCUUAGUUACUACAACUGGUAUUGGUGAUAUUUCAUCUACAUCAAACUUGGAAGUGAUUUUUACAUUAAUAGUCAUAUUAGGUGGAAAAAUUGUCAUUUCAGUGAUUAUUGGAACUGUUCUAAAAGCCUUCUAUAUUUGUGAAAAGCGCCAUCUUAAAUUUCAUUCGCAAGCUAAGUUGUUGAAGAAAUACCUUAAGGAUAAAAACAUUUCAGAUUAUCUCCUAGGUAGAACAUCACUGUAUUUGGAAAAUCUAUGGAUAUAUCAAGAAGCAACACUAGAUCCUAGUAUUUUACAUAGUUUAUCCUACCCAUUAUAUCAAGAUCUGAUGUCAACUCUAUACGGAAAUCAAUUGGGAGAAACCUUCUUAUUCAAGGGAAUUGAUUCAAGUUUGCUUCACCAAAUCUGCACAAAAAUAAAACGUACCGUCUACUUCAAAGAUGACUACAUAGUAAAAUCGGGCGAUGUCAGUACAACAAUGUACUUUAUCAACACCGGCAAAGUAUUGGUUUUAACGAAGCACCCUCAGCUCACUGAAACCAAACACAUCGUACUUGAACCCAUGGAUCUGUUCGGAGUGUGCCAAGGGCUAAACCUCGAGGAAUGCCACAACUUUUACUACAGAUCAGCGACUGCUAUGGUUGAAAUUCUGUCUUUGAAAUAUGAAGAUUGGUUCUACUUGCUAGACUUCUUUCCGCGAGACAAGCUACAGAUGUUUGUUAGGGUAAACAAGGAAUAUAAAAAAAUAAAAGAUGAAAAUUAA